AUGACCGGCCUGCCUUCUAACUUGCUAGCUUUCUACGCCUUUUUGGUCAAGGUUCGCAAGAAACCAUCACCAGUAGACAUCCUUCUUCUCAACUUGACCAUCUCAGACCUUCUCCUGCUAAUGUUCCUUCCACUGAAGAUGCAAGAGGCAGCUUCCGGGAUGAUUUGGAAUCUACCCAUAUUUCUUUGUCCUUUGACAGGAUUCUGCUACUUCAGUAGCAUUUAUAUCAGCACCUUGUUCCUCACCGCUGUAAGCAUUGAGCGCUACCUUGGGGUGGCAUAUCCCAUUAGGUAUAAACUCCAUCGAAAGCCUGAGUAUGCCACGUUUGCUAGCAUUUGCUUCUGGCUUCUUGCCUGUGGUCAUUGCAGUAUUGUGUACAUUGUUCAGUACAGCACAGGACGCAAUGCUACAAAUUUCAAUGAAACAAGAUGCUAUGAGGACUUUACAAAUGAACAGCUCAGGAUAUUGCUGCCCGUGCGUUUGGAAUUAGGAAUAACCCUAUUCUUCAUCCCAUCUAUCAUAACACUUUUCUGCUACAUCAACUUCAUAAGGAUAUUGAUGUCUCUGCCCAACAUCCAAAAAAAGAGAAAACAGAGAGCCAUUGGCUUGGCCAUCGCCACUCUCGCUAACUUUUGCAUCUGCUUUGCUCCUUACAAUAUCUCCCACAUUGUUGGCUUUGUACAAAAUAAGAGCCCAGAUUGGAGGGUGGACGCCUUGCUUCUAAGUACAUUCAAUGCCACCUUGGACCCAGUUGUGUUCUAUUUCACCUCUACGACAGUCCAGAAAACAUUUUUUGACUUUUUGGCAGCCAUCUUACAAAAAAUAGGGAGAACAUGCCCCUGUAAGAAAUUCUGUUUAUCUCCUGAUGGCCCUCCAUAUGAUGAAAGCAAUCUAGACAGGUCCUCUACCUGA